GAGGUAUUUGAUUGAGCAAGAUAGGAGGACGUGUGGCCUCAUUGGACAGACUUCACGGCAGAGAGAAAGGGGAAGAGAGGAACUGCAAAUUUGCAUUUCUCUCUCCCUCUCCCCAUAACACUACAGAGUCUUUCCUGCAAUUAUUAUAUCCACAGUCGCCCUCUGUGAAAUCCAAUCCAACCCAAGCCCUUUUCUCUCCGCCGUGAACUGCCGGAAAGCGACGAGACGACCGACAUUCUAGAUGUCGUCAAAGAUGGUAGAAAAUGAUUCAGUGACAAACGUUAGUUACCGGCGAGGUCGAGGUUAUGACAUCGAGGAAGACUCCAUAGAUGGGGCUACUUUAAAAAAUGACCCUGAAUAUUACGAUGAUGAUGGUCGUCUUAAACGAACAGGGAAUGUUUGGACUACAAGCUCCCACAUUAUUACAGCUGUGGUAGGAUCUGGGGUGCUGUCCUUAGCUUGGGCAAUAGCUCAGAUGGGUUGGAUUGCUGGUCCUUCAGUGAUGAUCUUAUUCAGCAUUGUCACUUUGUAUACUUCAUCCUUUCUAGCUGAUUGUUAUCGAACUGGUGACCCCAUGUUCGGGACGAGAAAUUAUACUUUCAUGGACGCAGUUAGCACCAUUCUAGGUGGGCGCAGCGUUACGCUUUGCGGGAUUGUUCAAUACUUGAAUCUUUUCGGAAGUGCAGUAGGAUACACAAUCGCGGCUUCACUUAGCAUGAUGGCACUUAAAAGGUCUCACUGUCUUCAUUUCUCUGAUGAAGAAAACUCGUGUCAUAUUUCAAGUAACCCAUACAUGAUCGGUUUUGGGGCAAUGCAAAUUAUCUUUUCCCAGAUUCCAGAUUUUCAUAACAUGUGGUGGCUCUCAAUAGUGGCUGCAAUCAUGUCUUUCACCUAUUCCAUAAUUGGUCUCCUUCUUGGAAUUGUCAAAAUUACGGAAACGGGAACUAUCAAGGGAAGCCUCACUGGAAUAGGCAUUGAAGCUGUGACUGAAGCCCAAAAAGUAUGGGGUGUUUUCCAAGCUCUUGGUAACAUAGCCUUCGCCUAUUCAUAUUCUUUCGUACUCCUUGAAAUUCAGGAUACCAUCAAAGCUGUGCCAUCGGAAGUAAAAACAAUGAAAAAGGCUACAAAGUUAAGCAUUGCAGUGACGACAACAUUUUAUAUGCUUUGUGGCUGCACGGGAUAUGCUGCUUUUGGAGAUUUAGCACCUGGGAACCUGCUUGCUGGAUUUGGUUACCAUAAAUUAUUUUGGCUUAUAGAUAUGGCUAAUGCUGCUAUCGUAAUUCACCUUGUGGGGGCAUACCAAGUGUAUGCCCAACCCCUCUUUGCCUUUGUCGAGAAGGAGACAGCAAAAAGAUGGCCCAAAAUUGACAAGGAAUUCAAAAUUUCAGUUCCUGGUUUGCGGCCCUACAAGCAGAACAUAUUUAGCCUAGUCUGGAGGACAGUUUUUGUGAUCAUAACAACUGUUAUAUCAAUGUUGCUUCCAUUCUUCAACGACGUUUUGGGAGUGAUUGGUGCAUUGGGGUUUUGGCCUUUAACUGUCUACUUUCCUGUGGAGAUGUAUAUAUUGCAAAAGAGGAUUCCAAAAUGGAGCAUGACAUGGAUUUCGCUGCAGUUGAUGAGUGUGGUCUGCCUCAUCGUAUCAAUUCUGGCUGGUCUUGGCUCGGUGGUAGGUGUCUUGCUUGACCUCAAGAGGUACAAGCCAUUCAGUUCAGAUUAUUAGGGAUCUCAAAACUGAAGGUGCUGAUAGUUGUGAUAGCUAUUCCAAGAAGAAAGGUACUUCAAAUCAUUUUUAUUUUAGUUACUUUUAGUGCGCAUUUUUCAUUAUUUGGUACCAAUAAAAGUGGUACGUCAUAAUGAUUAAAAAAAUUGUUGACUUAAUGUGUUGUCUUACUUAUGAAACAUUUACUUUUAUUUGAGAUUGUAAUGUAAUGUAAAUAUUAAAUUUAUUACUUGCUUGAUUAAAUUUUGAGUCUGUGGUAGAUUUGAGUAAA